CAGUCUUUUCGUUCCGACCGAUCAGCGCGAGACAAGCUUGGUGAGUUGGUAGGUGUCGGCAGCGGCCGUCGGCAUGUGGAGGCUGAAGGUCGGGGAGGGCGGCGGGCCGUGGCUGCGGUCCACCAACGGCUUCCUCGGCCGUGCGGUCUGGGAGUUCGACGCCGGCGCCGGCACGCCGGAGGAGCGCGCCGCGGUGGAGAAGGUGCGUCAGGAGUUCACUGAUGGCCGGUUCCGGCGCAGAGAGUCUGCCGACCUCCUCAUGCGUUUGCAGUAUGCACAACAGAACAAGCAUCAAGGGAGGGACCGUUGCCUACCGCCCAUGCAGAAGCUCGAGGAGAAAGACAAGGUCACUGAGGAGACCGUGUUGGUGUCGCUGAGGAGAGCCCUUGAUCAGGUCUCUUUGCUCCAAUCGGAUGACGGUUGUUGGCCCGGGGACUUCAGCGGGAUAAUGUUCAUCAUGCCUGGUUUGAUAUUUGCCCUCUAUGUAACUAGAUCACUCAACACCUUGGUGACGCCAGAACAUCGACGAGAGAUAUGCCGCUAUAUAUACAAUCAUCAGAACGAGGAUGGGGGAUGGGGCACCCUAAUUUUAGGAUCGAGCAGCAUGUUUGGUACAUGCUCAAACUACAUCACUCUGAGACUUCUCGGAGAGGAGCUAGAUGGUAACGGGGCGUUGGCUAAUGGGCGCCAAUGGAUAUUGUCCCACGGAGGCGCUACUCUUGUGCCACAGUGGGGGAAGAUAUGGCUCUCGAUACUUGGGGUGUAUGACUGGUCCGGGAACAACCCGAUCUUCCCCGAACUAUGGCUUGCGCCGCAGUUCCUCCCGUUUCAUCCAGGGAAAUUCUGGUGCCUAUGCCGUAUGGUGUACCUUCCCAUGGCUUAUCUUUACGGGAAGAAAUUCGUCGGGCCCAUCACCCCAAUAAUUUUGGCGCUACGGGAGGAGAUCUACGACAUGCCGUACCACAAGAUCAACUGGGGCAUGUCACGUAAUGCAUGUGCUAAGGAGGACCUUGUGUGCCCACGUACAAUGCUGCAGAACGUCGUGUGGACCUCACUCUACAAGUGCAUGGAGCCGAUGCUGAGCAGUUGGCCGAUCAGCAAGCUCAGGGACAGGGCUCUGAAGAACCUCAUGGAGCACAUCCAUUACGAGGAUGACAAUACGCAGUACCUCUGCAUAUGCACCGUCAACAAGGCUCUGAACAUGGUGUGUUGCUGGGUGGAAGAUCCAAGUUCCGAAGCAUUCAAGCGGCAUCUUGCGAGGGUACCUGAUUUCCUAUGGAUCUCGGAAGAUGGCAUGAAGGCGCAGGUAUAUGAUGGUGUUCAGAGCUGGGAGACAUCUUUCAUUAUUCAAGCAUAUUGCGCUACAGAUCUCGAGAGCGAAUAUGGCCCAACCCUCGAAAGAGCCAAUGCAUUCAUGAAAAAAUCGCAGGUUCUUUGGAAUCAUCCUGGUGACCAAAGUUAUUCACAUCGCCACAGAUCAAAGGGUUCAUGGACUCUUUCAAGUGCAGACAAUGGAUGGUCUGUAUCGGACACUACUGCAGAAGCACUUAAGGUCUUUUUUUAUAUCUUACUAUUAGUGUGUGAAAUUAUUUAUUAA